CCCGAGCCCUGUGGAACUGAGGUUCUUAUAUGGCGCUCUGGAUGGAAGGCGUGUUGAAGUCCGGUUUAGUCUAUCAAGCUUUUGUUUUGGGGUCUACCGCGUAGGCGCACCGGUCUGUAGGAACACAAGCGUUGCGGCUGGGGGGUAGAUGACUCAAGGGUAGGCGAAGUGUGAGGAGCAGCAGGUGCCGGGGACAAAAUCGGCCGAGCCCUAGGACGGGGACCGACCAGGAUCUGGAAGGCAAGCACGGACCUCAGGCAUAUGCGAAUGACCCGGAGCGUGGACAGCGUCCAGUUCCUGCCCUUUCUCACCACGGAAGUCAACAACCUGGGCUGGCUGAGUUAUGGGGCCUUGAAGGGAGAUGGGACCCUCAUCGUUGUCAACGCAGUGGGUGCUGUGCUUCAGACCCUGUAUAUCUCUGCGUAUCUGCACUACUGCCCUCGAAAGCGUGCUGUGCUGCUACAGACUGCAACCCUGCUAGGGGUCCUUCUCCUGGGUUAUGGCUACUUUGGGCUCCUGGUGCCCGACCCUGAGGCCCGGCUUCAGCAGCUGGGCCUCUUCUGCAGUGUCUUCACCAUCAGCAUGUACCUCUCACCACUGGCUGACCUGGCCAAGGUCAUUCAGACUAAAUCAACACAAUGUCUCUCCUUCUCACUCACCAUUGCUACCCUUCUUACCUCUGUCUCCUGGUCCCUCUAUGGGUUUCGACUCAGAGAUCCCUACAUCAUGGUGCCCAACUUUCCUGGAAUCCUCACCAGCUUUAUCCGCCUCUGGCUUUUCUGGAAGUACCCCCAGGAACAAGACAGGAACUACCGACUCCUGCAAACCUGAGGCAGCUCACGUGACCACUGGACACCUUAAUACCAAUUUGAUACCAAAGAGAGCUCUUUGUUUCAGCUGGUCCUGCUGACCAACUCCCCAGGUGCAGUGGGUUGUGGGAAUAAGAGACGACUUUGAGAAUAGAGGGACCAAAGAAAGCAGCUUUACUGAGAUGAUUGGUGGAACCUAGGAGAUUAAAUCACUUUUAUUUUUCAGAGAGAUUAUUUUUUUUAAUUUUGGAGGUCGGGGUGAUAUCUCUAGAAUAUGCCUUAAAA